CCUCUGUAUAUAUAAAUGCUCAGGGCCUCCCUGAUCCCCAAAUGUCCCAGGCCGGCCCCUCUCUCCCCACUCCUUCCUUAAACCCCCCAUAACCCUUGUUCCUUUCCCUUCCAGUCUCGCUCCUCUUCUCCAGGUCUCUCCGGCUCCAAACACAAACGGCGAGGAGGCGCCGGAGCGAGCUGCCGUCGCGGCCCGCCACUGCCGGUGGAGUCGAGUCCCGAAGCUGGAGAAGUGGAGAUAGAGCUUCCGCACCCUCUCGCCGGCGUUGAUCAGAGUGCCUCUGCAGGGAAAAAGGGGCGAACGUACGCGUAGCCAGCAGCGGUAGCGGGGGAGGAAGAUGAUGAUGACUCAAGUGGCCAACCACAGCAAGAGGAACCACACCGACGGCUACUUCAGCGGGAAGCAGCAGCAGCAGCAGCAGCAGGCCGGCGCCGCCACCGCCACCAGCAGCGGCUCGGAGGAGUUCGGCCGCAUGGGGUCCAAGAAGCCGAGGAGCGCCAGCCCCAGGGGCAGCGGCGGCCCCAUUUCUCCCAGGGAGAAGAAGGACAAGGUCGGCGAGAGAGUGGCGGCGCUGCAGCAGCUCGUGUCGCCAUUUGGGAAGACGGACACGGCUUCUGUUCUUCAGGAGGCGUCGGGCUACAUCAAGUUCCUGCACCAGCAGCUCGAGGUUCUUAGCUCCCCGUACAUGCGCCCUCCUCCGGCGCCCGGCGCCGAGCCUGAGGACCCCGAGCACUACAGCCUGCGGAACCGCGGCCUGUGCCUGGUGCCGGUGGAGCAGACGCUGCAGCUGACCCAGAGCAACGGGGCCGACCUCUGGGCGCCGGUGAACACCAGCAGGCGCACCUGAAGCGAAGCCCGAGGCAGGCCUCGACGGCGGCGAUGGCCGCACUGCGUGGCAGGGGUAGAAUUCCGGUGCAAGCGCGCGCAUGCGCAUGGCUGACCCAAUUCGGUCAAUCUCCUAACACAAUCGUUUCGUUUCGUUUCGUUUCCGUGAACCUCAAUCAGCAGACCCUGUGCUGGCGCCGGUAGUAUGUAAUGUGUAAUCGUCGUGUAUAGCGAGACGACGCACCGCCGAUCGAUCGAUCGUGGUCGAGUCGUUGCGUCAGUGACUAUGUGCAUGUGGUUUAACAUGGUAGCGACCUGUUGCUGUCGCCGACUAAUCAUCAAAAUCAGCAGUUCCAUUCA